UCUGAUUUCUUUCAAAUUAAGCUUAACAGGAAAACAAUACGCUUAGGGAUCUACAUGAGGGGCCUUGGGUAAUAUUGAACCACUUCUUAUCACUCCGUCGUUGGGAUCCUAAAUUUGUUGCUUUCACUUCUCAAUUAACUUAUUAUACCGUUUGGAUUCGUCUUCCACAGUUGCCCACAGAAUUUUACGAUAUUCAAAUCCUUCAAAAAGUGGGCAAUAAGGUUGGAAAAUCAUUGAAAAUAGAUACAUGUACUAGCGAUGCUACAAGGGACAAAUAUGCCCGUCUUUGUGUUGAGGUGCCAUUAGAGAGCCUGUUAAAAAUACAAGUCUAUUUAGUAUCACAUCGUCAACAGAUCUUAUACGAAGUCCUUAAUAUGUUGUGUGUUUCUUAUGGGAGUUCUGAUCCAUACCCGCCCAGUCUUGACUGGAGUUGGAUCUUCAGAACCAUACAAUCACAUUCUCAAUGGUUAUAAACAAUCAAGAGGUGAUUAUGAAAAUUCAAAAACUCUAGACAUUGCCCAAAUAGUGAUGUAAGGUGUGAGGAUAGGGACAAAGCUUUACAAUCAACACUACUGGAUGAUUACUCUAGUUCCUUACCCACAUCCAUCUCAAGCGUCAUCAUCCAACAAUUCCUUAUGGACAGCCAUGCAGAACUCAUUCUUGGAAAAUACGAUGUUUCAUAAUCUUCCAUUUUAUCCCCUUAUGAGUCAGGGACGCCAUAUAUUCAUAGUCAAGUUUCUAUGCAAACUCUUUUUCCUCUGUUUCCUCGUCCUCUCUGAUGGGCCCUUAUGACCCACGGUCUCCUUCUCCAUCCCCUACACCUCCCAACUCACCUAGUCCCAGCGAACAAAAGGUGCUAACUCACCUUGAGGUCGCGGUGGUUAUGGAGUAAUUUCAAAAAAACUUAAACAUAAAUUCUCUAGCUGAGGGGGAUUCGUCUUUACAUCCUCAAAGAGUAGUUUGCAAAAAACUGCUUCUUAAUUGUAAAUUGUCCCCCCGAGUUGAUCAAGUACUACAUAGAAAUGUGACCAACCACAAACUCCAAAUCGGGGAAGUAUUCAGUUGUGGUCAACCCUACUCUGAUCCAACUGGCUCCAAUGAAUGAGGGAGAGAACCAAAUGGAGGAACACCCCUUAGUACCUCCUGAUUGACUCCCACGCAAUAAUAGAUAUAUGAAUUUCAUAGUUUGGAACUGUAGGGGUUGUCAAUCGCGCCACUUUACAAGAAAUUUCAGGAACAUGCUAAACUACCAUAUGCCUCCAGUGGUAAUUUUACUAGAAACUCACUUACAAAAUCUUGAAAUACUUGGGGAUGAUUUUGGUUUUAUCAAUAUGUACCAAUCUCCAACUGAGGGGCAAGUUGGGGAUAUGGUUUUACUCUGGAACAAUGCUCUUGUGAUGGUUGAAAAUGUGGCUACUAGCCUACUACAAAUCAUGAAAUACACAGCAUGGUCCAGUUGUAGCUGUUAUACGUGGACCAAUAAGAGGAAACAAUAUCAUACGAUUUCAGAGCGUCUGGAUCGAGUCAUGGCAAAUUAUGAAUGGUUAAAUCUCUUUCCUGAAAGCCAUGUUCGUCAUCUGCCUCGGAUUCAUUCCGAUCAUUGUCCGCUUUUGUUGUCCUUAGAUUCUUAUUAUCAUAGAGAAAAUAAGAUUUUCAGGUUAGAAACUAUUUGCACUUCUGACCCUUCCUUCCAACAUCUAGUUAAUGAUGUUUGGAGUCAAGAAUGUAAUCUUCUUCAUGCUAUUACUACUUUUGUUGAUGCUGUCAAGAUUUGA